GGCUGCUUUGACAUUUCAUAGAAAGUCAAUGCCAAUAAGCAGCCAUUGUUGGAAAACGUAGACAGGAAUUUGUCCACAUAAACCUCCCAAAAACCCUGUCUUGGCAAGAAGAAUAAACGAACCAAAGCCUUCUUUGAGAAUGGGGUCAGCCGUAUCUUCAGCGCAACUGGGGGGUGGACUAUCAAAGGAGAGCACUUCAACAGCCAUACCUUUGUCGCCACAGGGGGGUGAACUACCAAACAAGAGCACUUCAACAACCACAUGUUCGUCACAACUUCCAAAAGAUGAAAAGCCAGCUUCCGCUACGGUCCCUGCAGAUUCAAAGCCAAAGAAGAAGAUUUGUUGUGCUUGCCCAGAGACUAAGAAGGUAAGGGAUGAAUGCAUCGUGGAACACGGUGAAGCAGCUUGUGAGAAAUGGAUUGAGGCUCAUCGGCAAUGCCUUCGAGCUGAAGGCUUCAACGUCUGAAAUUGGUUAUAGAACUAAUUCUCCAAAAAAGAAGAAAGCUUAUAUACUUAUGUAGAAUGUCUGGUUUGUGCUGGCAGUACAAAAAUUAAUUAGCUAAAUUCUUACAGAUUAUUUAUUCAAAACAUUUUUUUUCGCAUACUCAGAAUAAACAGGGAAUAAUUUUUAGAAAGAUUUGCUUUGUGGGACAGGAAAUAGUGCAAAUGAUUUGGCUUCCGUUUAUUUUGUUAUUAUGAGGAUGUGGAAAGUGGACCUCGCAUUAGACUUUGGAGAUUACGUAGAUUUGUUCUUCCCUUUUAUCA